AUUGUUAUCAGUGGGAGGAAUCGUGCCCCAUCAUUGGUGUCAGUGGGAGGAAAAGUGCCCCCUCAUUGGUGUCAGUGACACCAAUGAAGGGGCACUAUUCCUCCCACACUGACACCAAUAAAAGGACACUAUUCCUCCCACACUGACACCAAUGAAGGGGCACUAUUCCUUGCACACUGACACUAAUGAUGGGGCGCUAUUACUCCCACUGACACCAAUUAUUCUUACAUCGCUACACAGACACUUACCCAUCAGCUGUCUUCCUUCUCCAGCCGCUCUCCUCCUCUUCACCGGCUCCAGCUGCUCCCUCACUCGAUCUUCAAUCUUCGCG